GGAAGGCAGAAAGGCAGCAGCCCAGAGACUUGGGUGGGAGGUGGCAUUUCAACAGGUGUUUGGAGACCGACUGUGCCAAGAACCGCCGGACAGGCUUCAGUGGAGACGGGCCUGUUGCAACCCUCCGGAAGCUCAUGGUCUGGUGGGGAGAUGACAGUCCAGCCAGCAGCUGGAGAACGACAUAGCCAGUGCCCGCUGGGGCCAGGGACAUCCAUAGUGCUGGGGUUGUGGGACCAGGAGGCCGGGGGGUUCUCACCAGGUUAAAGCAGGUUUCCUGGGAAGAAGUGACAUCUCAGCUGAGCCCUGAGGAUGCUGGCCCUGUGAUCGCCUCCUCAUCGCCCCUUCCAGCCGCCGGACUUCACCUCUGACUGCCGAUCCACCUCUGACCCCCCCGAUCCACCUCUGAGCCCCCGAUCCACCUCCGCCGGACUUCACCUCUGACCCCCGAUCCACCUCCGCCGGACUUCACCUCUGACCCCCGAUCCACCUCCGCCGGACUUCACCUCCGACCCCCGAUCCACCUCUGCUGGACUUCACCUCUGACCCCCGAUCCACCUCCACCGGACUUCACCUCUGACCCCCGAUCCACCUCUGUCUGACUUCACCUCUGACUCCCGAUCCACCUCGGAACCCCUGAUCCAUCUCCACCGGACUUCACCUCUGACCCCUCGAUCCACCUCUGCCAGACUUCACCUCUGACCCCCGAUCCACCUCUGCCGGACUUAAGCUCUGACCCCCACCCACCUCCGCUGGACUUCACCUCUGGCCCCCGAUCCACCUCCGCCGGACUCCACCUGUGACCCCCGAUCCGCCUGCUGCCUUGGGGGGCCCCUCCGUCCUCCACCCCAGCAAGAUGCCCAUCCUCAAGCAGUUGGUGUCCAGCUCGAUGCACUCCAAGCGCCGCUCGCGGGUGGACCUCACGGCCGAGAUGAUCAGCGCCCCGCUGGGCGACUUCCGCCACACUAUGCACGUGGGCCGGGCGGGGGACGCCUUCGGGGACACCUCCUUCCUCAACAGCAAGGCCGGGGAGCUGGACGGCGAGUCUGUGGACGAGCAGGCCCCGUCCUCCUCGUCCUCCAAGCGCAGCCUCCUGUCCCGCAAGUUCCGGGCCAGCAAGCGGUCCCAGUCGGUGACCCGGGGCGACAGGGAGCAGCGGGACGUGCUGGGCUCCCUGCGGGACUCAGCCCUCUUCGUCAAGAACGCCAUGUCCCUGCCGCAGCUGAAUGAGAAGGAGGCCGCGGAGAAGGGCUCCAGCAAGCUGCCCAAGAGCCUGUCGUCCAGCCCCGUGAAGAAGGCCAGCGCGGAGGGCAGCCUGGAGGAGGCAGCGCCUCGGCGAAACGGGGCCGCCGGCCCGCACUCCCCAGACCCCCUCCUGGAGGAGCAGGCCUUCGGGGACCUGACGGAUCUGCCCGUGGUGCCCAAGGCCAGCUUCGGGCUGAAGCACGCCGAGUCCAUCAUGUCCUUCCACAUCGACCUGGGGCCCUCCAUGCUGGGCGACGUGCUGAGCGUCAUGGACAAGGGGGGCGAGUGGGAGCCGGAGGACGGCGGUUACCAUGGCGACGGGGACCCAGCCGGCAGCCCGGCCCCCGCGCCCAGAGCGGCCGGGCAGGAAGGCGAGGGGGGCCCGGACGCGCCCUCCCGCGCCCUGCAGGAUGAGGGCUGGGCAGCGGCCGCCCCCAGCCCCGGCUCGGCCCGCAGUGCGGGCAGCCACACCACGCGGGACAGCAGCUCGCUGUCCAGCUGCACGUCCGGCGUCCUGGAGGAGCGGAGCCCCGCCUUCCGGGGGCCGGACCGCGCCGCGGCCACUGUCCCUGCACAGCCGCCCGACCCCGAGUUCUCCUUUAUGGACGAGGAGGAGGAGGACGAGAUCCGGGUGUGAGGCGAGCUGGAGGUCGGGGGCUCUGGGCGUGGUCCCCUCCCUGCCCCCAGCCACGCAGAGGCAGCCAAGGCCUUGACCCUGAGCCUCAUGGAUGAGGGGCACUGCGGAGCCUGGGGGCCCAGGACGGCUUGCAGCUGGCUUGGGUGCGUGACUGUUGUUUUUUUUUUUUUUUUGCACACCCUGCCCUGCCCCAGAGCUCCUAGGACGGGCCUGCGUGCUUGCAGCAGGCAUCAGCUCUCCCGACCCUAAGACCUCCAGCAGAUGCUCACUGGCAACCCGAGUCCCUGCCACGUGCGGCGAUAACAGGGCAGCCGGGGUCGCCAGGACUGAGGACACCUGACUGUGACCGGCAGCGGCCAUCAGAAUAAAUGCUUGUGCCAGGUCGCCUGCACGAGGAACCCCUCGGAGGCAAAGCCGACCUAACGUGUACACUAAACGCGACCCCUUCCGGGGACGAGAACAGGAUGCAGAACGGAAGGAAGGCUCCAGGCGGCUUGAAUUUUCAAUCAAGACGGGCCUUUCAGGAUGACACUAAGCUAGGCCGCAGCCCUAGCUCUCUCCCUCUGGGUCUGUUGGUUCUUGUGUUUAAAUCUUUCUAGAGCAAUACCUGGAGCGGUGUUGUAGACCCGCCACCCGGGAGGAAGACGAAUCCUUUUAGAAAGACCUUUAUACUAAGUGCUUCCAAACUUUAUUUAGAGCUGUAUGGGGUGGGAGGGGGUGGUCUGUGUGUGUCUGUCUUUGACCCCCUCCCCCAUAGCUAUUAACAACUGGGCAGGCAGCCAGUGUAGAAAAUUUCUGGAAAAUGAUUAUUAAAAAGGCUGUCAUUCCUACGGGGGCGGGGUAUAAAACCUUUCUUUGAAUUGGGUUGUUCCUUCCCCCUCCCCCAACCCGGACUGACUACUUCCCCUUCCUCUCUCAGGCCUCUGUCCAGGAACCCCCUUCCCCACCUCUGAGUCAACAGCCCUGAGAGCAGAGUGUUGCCAGAGUUAGCAACAAAACAAAACAACAGAGUGCUGAGUUAAAUUAGAAUCUCAGGCAUACAGAGGAUACUGUUUUAGUGGAAGUACGCCCCCUGCCUUAUUUGGCACAUACUUAGACUAAAAAGUUAGUGUUUUUCAUUCUGAAAUUCGAAUUUCCCUGUGUGCUUGAGUUGAGCUUGGGUGUGAGCUCCCAGAGUUCAAGCUGACUCACCUCCCCACGUGCCCUUGGAGCCAACGGAGGGCGGGGGCAGAGAAAAGCAGCACGGGAUCCAGCCAGGGCGGAGCAGAUGCGCACUCAGACUGUAGCUUAGUUUUUGAAUCGGGAGCCCCCUGGUUUCCAGUCCUGCAGCCCCCCGCCCCCCCCACCAGCUGCCCUUGAAACCCACCUAGACAGUGGUCAGUUCCAGAUUCUAAACUGUAUAUUUUUUUCCAUGAAAAUGUUAAAAGAGCAAGGAAACAUGAAAAUAAAAGGCUCUACGGCA